AUGGCGCCAAUAAUGUCUCCUCCCAGACUUGACGCCAGAUCGAUCGUCGAGCUCUGGAGACAGUGUCGGGAAACAAUUGCGCGAAAUGAGGAAUAUAUGCAAGAUUACCCCCAUGAGACCUUGAGUGAUUUUGAUAGGACCGAGACUGAUCCUGAUAUGGCCUCGAGUGAUCCUGAUACGACAAUGAGUGAUUGGAUCAUCACUUCCCCUGUCAAUGCGCCUUCUGCAGCUUCAGACUCGGGUUUGGAUAUCCCUGACGAUAUUUCCAUGCAUUUUGUUCAAGAUGUCUCUGAUGCGAAUCAAGAGCGCCUGUCGGACGAUGCCCAGUCAGACUUCUUCGCCACGGGGGAGUACUUCCACGAUCUUUAUCCCCAGCAUCAUGAUCCUACGAAGGAAGGGCUCUUUCGUCUUCGACUUCGCAGGCUGCGUACCCAUGUCUUAAAUUCGCUCAGUUUUCUGAAGGACAGCGCCUCGACCAACUCCGAACCAGUGACUGAAACAAUACUCUCCGAACCAAUUAUCGAGAGCCAGGAAGAUCACGAGAUGGAGGAAGUAAACAUGCCCGGUGGCUCCUUUACUAACUACAAUAUUAAGAUGAUGUUUGUCUCUGGAGAGACAGCCGAACCGUCUCCUGAGACCACUACUUUGAUUGAAGAGAUCACCCGCCAACAAGUGAUCGAGAUUCUUAGCCGCAGCACUGCAUUGGCAACUCGCCGUGGAGUUCGUUCGAUCUCUACCGAUGACCUGAUUUUCCUAAUUCGCCACGAUAAGGCUAAGGUAUCCCGUCUGCGAACCUUCCUCUCCUGGAAGGACGUCCGCAAGAAUGUCAAGGACUCCGACGACAAGGGUGGUGGUGACGCCGCCGACUUUGCUGCCGCCGACGAUGCGGCUGGCGUUGUUGCAGGCCCCCAAGACAUGGCCCCCAAGCCCAAGAACAAGCGCGCCAAGGUUGGACUUGCGUGGGAUGUCAACAGUUUCUACUCAGUUCAGGUCCCGGAGCGUGAAGAUGAAGAGGAUGAAGAAGAAGAGGAACAGAAUUACGCGACUCUCCAGCGUCUUGCCGCGGCCGAUGAACGCACCCGCCACAUGACCCGAGAGGAGUAUGUCUUUUGGUCUGAGUGUCGCCAGGCUUCCUUCACCUACCGCAAGAGCAAGCGUUUCCGCGAGUGGGCAGGCUUCGGCAUCGUGACCGAAUCCAAGCCAAACGACGACAUCGUGGACAUCCUCGGAUUCCUCACUUUCGAGAUCGUCCAGACCCUGACUGAACAGGCGUUGAAAGUCAAGGAGCGCGAAGACAAUGAGAAGCACCGUCGCGGUGGCGCUGAAGCCGGCGAGAACCUCAAGAAGCGCAAGCGUGAGACUGGCCUGUUCGACCCCCCCGAGGAGGGACGCACUCCCAUUGAGCCACGACACGUUCGCGAGGCCUACCGCAAGCUGCAGGCCACUCCCCAGAAGGCGGUCGCUAUGCUGUUGCACAAUGGCCGUGUUCCUGCCCGCCUCCCUCUUGCUUUGAUUUAA